AUGGCCGAUACUCUAAUCAACCGGCAUCCGUUGCAGCGGCUUUCAAGCCCUUCCAGAGGUCUCUCUGCCCUUGUUCAUGUAACGGGCCUUGCAAGCUUUAUAUGGUCAUUUAAGUACAUGGAAGACAAUCCCAACAAGGCUAAUCAAGCAUAUGGAGGGCACUUUCAAUUCCUCACUGUGAUAGGUCUGAGCCUAUCUACUCUUACUUUUUCCAUUGCCUUAUUGGCAGAUUUGACUUUAUCUCGACGUCUAUUCUUGUUCAAGAACCUGCUGUCAGUAUGCAGCGCCCCAAUGGAAGUUCUGAUCAGUAUUCUGUACUGGGGUCUCCGACUGACAGAUGAACGCCUUGUAAUACCAGAUUGGGCCGUGAUUCCUCUACACGCAGAUAUCAGUUUCCAUUUAAUCCCAUCUAUCGUGAUGUUGAUUGAUCUCUUCUUCCUAUCGCCACCAUGGACUAUCACAGUCCUUCCCUCGCUGGGGCUGUCUGGGACUUUUGCCUUCGGCUACUGGUUUUGGGUGGAGCAUUGCUUCCAGCAGAAUGGAGAAUAUCCAUAUCCUAUCUUCUCAGUACUGCCCACUCCUGGCAGGGUUGGCCUUUUCGCAUUGAGCGCUGUUGUUAUGGCCGGUAGUACGGCUACACUGAAGUGGUUACAUGGCCGUGUAAAUGGUUUCGGUACUCCCACAUCAGCUCAAUCUUACCCCGGAAAUAUUAGGAAGUAA